GGCUAAUGAUCCCCAACGUUUUGCAAGUGCGAUGCUUAGCAUAUUCGGGCAUUCUUUGUACAAUCGUCAAUGUAGAUGAACGUCGAAGCGAAACUACGCAAGUUCGGUAUUUUUAAAUCAUCAUAACGUGCUGUAAACGCGACUAUUCUAAACUCGCUCGUAGCAUUGUCUUACAGAGAAAUAUCCUAAUGAACAAAUUAGUCAUGACAUCGAAUCUUGUCUGCAGAUAACUUGUUCUUCUGUUUUUAUCAUUUCUGUAAACGAAUACGCAUGCAAAACAUAUACAUCACGUCAGAAAUAUUAUUCGCAGCCUAUCAACUACUGAAAUUACUAUUAAAAUGAAAUUCAAGUUUUAUUAUAAUAUAGAAACAUUACCGCUAGGAAAGUAAAUUUAAUGUUAAAGCUACAAAGAUAUUGUGUAUGAAGAAUACACUAAAAUUCUACUGACCAUUCUACUGAUCCAUUAUGGUUUUAAAGGAAAGGUUCUCUUUUCUUCUCUAAAAAAAAUUAAACAAUUAAUUUCUCUUUCUAAGACAAUUAAGUUUAAUUAUUGUGCGAUUUUGUUAUUCUCAUAUUUGUCUAUAUCAAAUAUAAUAGUUUUCCAUAAAACCGUAUAAUGAAAUAGGCCCUUAUAACGUAGAAUCACAGCGAGUAUAGCUUAUUUGUGGAAGAACUAAAUGGUUUCUUGUAUAUCUAGCGUAGAACUUCAGUUCUUGGCCGCGUGGUGCAGCAUCUGUAGUGUAGAACUAGAACAAUGGGCGUGAGCUCUCUCAUUUCCUCUCUGGAAAAUGCAGCAUUAUGUGACCAAGUUGCACAAAUGCAAGAAAAUCUUAUGCUUGUAAAAGAAGAGAGACUGUUUCUUUUACGUAAAUUAUGUCAACAACAGGGAGAUAUAGAUCCUUCUACUAUGAUAGCUCGAUCUCAAUCAAACAGUAUUAAUCCUAGUUCGCUUAAUCCAGAAUGCUCUACUCCUAAAAAAACUGCAAAGAAAAGAGCUUCGACUGAUGGCUCAGAAACAAAAAAUAAGGCUAAACGUUACAAUAAAACUGCGAGGAAAGUAGUCCAAUUAAUACCAUUGGAUGUCCAUGGGAGACCUAUAUUUCCUAUUUCUUUAGGUGAUCUUACUGUCUACUCCCUUGGAGAAGUAGUAUCGGACAGAAUAGCUUAUCAUACAGAGGAUCUCAUUUAUCCAGUAGGUUACUGCAGUACUAGGGUAUAUGCUAAUUUAAGGGAUGUAAGAACAAAAAGUUUAUAUACGUGUAAGAUAUUAGAUGGUGGACCAAAACCAAGAUUUGAAAUUGUAUCUGAUAAUGAUCUAGAUCAGCCUCUGGUUGGCUCUACUCCUGAUGAGUGUCAUUCCAAAUUAUUAAUGGCAAUUUCUCUUGCACUUCGUACAAUAGCACCGAAAGGUGCUGAUUUUUUUGGGAUUUCACAUCCUACUAUACAAAAUCUUAUACAAAGUACACCUGGAACUCGUAAAUUGGCUAUGUAUAAACAACAACGUUUCGAAGUAAGCAAGAAUCAACCAAUGGAAAGAGGAACAAGUCCAAUAAUGGAAGAAGAAACAGAUCCAGGACUUGGAUUUGCUGCUUUACAUAGGCAUUAUGCUUUAGCAAAUUCGUACAGAAUUAAAGAAGAACCAUCUGAUAGUGACCUUUUAGCUCUUCAGGAGCUUCUCUCGUGACUUUCAUAUUGUUAAUAAAAAGAAUUUUUAAUUUCAGAAAAAAUAACAUUCUACUUUAUGUAUUUGUUUGAAUAUUAAUUUUUAAAUUAUGUAUACAUUAAUUUUUUAUAUAAAAAGAUAUAAAAUCUGUUAAAAUUUGCAACGUUUAUUUCAAAAAUUAUUUUGUACUAUUUAUUAGGCUACAUAUAGUAUAUAAAACAAUUUACUUUCACCUUAUUAAAAUAAUAUAUAAAUAAAAUUACAAUAAAUAAUUUGUUAUUUGGAGAAUGUUAUCUUGUAAAUAUUGACUGGAUAUGUUAUAAUUUUGAUUGCAUUGUAUUAUUAUGAAACUACGUUAUUUUAAACAAAUUUUAAUUGCAUGUCAAUGUAAACAGAUUUUGUCGUAAAAAUAAUUUUUGCUAUUUAACGAAUGUGAUUAAAUAAAUCAACUUUAGUUUUAAUAUUAAAUAUUUUACAAUUAUAAUUAAUAUUAAAUUAAUGAUAUUAUUACGUAUUUUACGAUUUAAGAAUUAGAAAUAGUAAUAUAGAAACAAAUUACUAUUAAAUAUUAAUUAUUAUUAAUAUUAUCUGCCAAGGUUUGUGUAUUGUAUAAAGCAACAUAUCUCCACAAAUUUAAAUAAAGAAUGAAUAAAUAACUAUACUAUAUAUAUCAAUCAAUGUUUAACGAAAAAAUUAUUUUUUGUUGUACAAAUGUGUGAGCAACUAUAUUUAUAUUUUUCCAGUGAUAUAAAUUAUAAACAGUAUUACAAAUUUUAUACAAUUAUUUUACCCAAGCAUAUUAUAUUUUUCAUUUAAUAAUGAUAAUAAUAAAAAU